CAUUAUCUUAGCAUUUCUAGAGAGAGAGAGAAAAAAACAGUUCAAAGUUUGUUUUUUGAAAUUGUGUAUGUGAAACUCAAACUGUGCAUGUUUUUAUCUUACACUUCUUGUCUUGUCGUUUUGUAGUAAAAGUGUGAAAGUCGUUUACUUCUUAACUCAGUGUUUUUUCUCUAAUACAUUUUUGGGUUGUUUUGAUUAGUACAACAUAUUUGAAAUCUAGGUGGAAGAUUCUUCUGAUUUUUGUAGUAUUUCUUUUACAUAUAUUUUGGAAAAAAAAUAAAAAAUUUAAUGAGAUUUAGUGUAUGUUGUGUCUGUUUCUCAAUUAAGAAGCAGAAACUAUUUACGGGUUUUAUCUGAAUUCGAGAAAACUGUUUCUGGGUCUUUGUCUUAGUGUCUUAAGAGUAUGAAAGACACGUUUUUUGCUUAGGAUCAGAUUGUGUUGUCUUCAUUCAUUAUUCUAGAAGCAUUCCACUACUUGUAUAUUGUAUUAUUAGAGAGAGAAAGAGAACUAUGAAGUUUGAAGAUUAAGCCAAACUGGGUUGCUUCUCAGUUACUGGUUCUUUAAGUAACAUAUGAUAUGAUGGCUAUAAAUUCUUUGAAUAUUUGACAAGUCAAUUUGAUUUAAGAUCAUGGUGGAAGAUGGUGUUGCAGUUGAUAUACUUUCAACAGAAGAUUGGUUGUUACAUGCAAAGGAACUUGUUCCUAUUGCUCUUGAUAAAGCAAAAGAGGUUAAAGGGUUUUCUACUAGAUGGAAAAUGAUCAUUUCUAGAUUAGAACAGGUUCCAUCAAUGUUAUCAAACUUAUCAAGUCAUCCAUGUUUCUCAAAGAAUGCUCUUUGCAAGGAGCAAUUGCAGGCUCUGUCGAAGUCGCUUGAAGGCACGAUCGAAUCAGCUGAAUUGUGUGUGAAGGAGAAGUAUGAAGGUAAACUUCAUAUGCAGAGUGAUCUGGAUGCAUUAAUCGGGAAAAUGGAUUUGAAUUUACGAGAUUGUGGACUUUUGAUCAAAACUGGUAUGCUUGGUGAGGCUACUUUGCCGUUAAAUGCGUCUUCUGUGUCAGGUUCUGCAACAGAAUCUGAUGCAGCAAUCCACAACAACAUAAGGGAGCUACUUGCGCGCCUUCAGAUCGGUCACUUAGAAGCGAAGCACAAAGCUUUGGACAGUGUUGUUGAGGUUAUGAAAGAAGAUGAAAAGAAUGUUUUGGCUGUUUUUAGCAGGAGCAACAUUGCUGCACUGGUUCAAUUACUUACAGCAACAUCAACAAGGAUAAGAGAGAAAACAGUUACUGUCAUAUGCUCGCUAGCUGAAUCGGGUAGCUGCGAGGAUUGGCUAGUUUCUGAAGGUGUUCUUCCACCUCUUAUAAGACUUGUUGAAUCAGGAAGUGCUGUAGGUAAAGAAAAGGCUGCAAUAUCUUUACAAAGGUUAUCAAUGUCGGCUGAAACAUCGCGUGAAAUCGUAGGACAUGGUGGCGUUUGCCCGUUGGUUGAGCUUUGUCGAACCGGCGAUUCUGUUUCGCAGGCUGCAGCAGCUUGUACAUUGAAGAAUAUUUCAGCUGUUCCUGAGGUGAGACAAGUUUUGGCUCAAGAAGGGAUUGCGAGGGUUAUGAUCAAUUUGUUAACUUGUGGAAUGUUGUUAGGUUCCAAAGAAUAUGCAGCAGAAUGUUUGCAGAAUCUCACUGCAAGCAAUGAGAGUCUAAAAAAAAGUGUUAUAUCGGAAGGUGGUGUUAGGAGUCUCUUAGCAUAUCUUGACGGUCCACUUCCUCAAGAAUCUGCGGUCGCAGCGUUAAGGAAUUUGGUAGGAUCAGUUUCUGAGACAGCUUUGGUUUCGUUAGGAUUACUUCCUCGUUUGGUUCACGUGUUGAAAUCCGGCUCCCCGGGAGCACAAAAUGCCGCUGCGUCAGCAAUCUGCCGAGUUAGCAGCUCGACAGAAAUGAAAAAAUUGGUCGGCGAAGCCGGUUGCAUUCCUCUCCUUGUUAAAAUGCUUGAGGCUAAACAAAACAGUGCUAGAGAAAUUUCUGCACAAGCAUUAGCAAGCUUGUUAACUGUGUCACAAAAUAGAAGAGAAACUAAGAAGGAUGAUAAAAGUGUGCCUAAUUUGGUUCAGUUACUUGAUCCUAGUCCUCAAAACAAUGCAAAAAAAUAUGCAGUUACAUGCCUUGGAUUGAUUUCUUCAAGUAAGAAAUGUAAGAAGCUAAUGAUCUCAUAUGGUGCUAUUGGAUAUUUGAAGAAACUUACUGAGAUGGAUACUCCAGGUGCUAAAAGGUUACAUGAGAGAUUGGAAAGAGGGAAAUUAAGAAGUUUGUUUGGUAAGAAAUAGUGUAAAAAAGUGUUGCAUCCUUUUUUAUUUUUUUAUUUUUUUUAUAUCAUGAUGCAAAAUAGCUAAGAAUGUAUAAAGUGGAAUGCACAAACUUGCUAAUCCAUGUAUUGUAAUCAAUGUUACAUUAUAUAUGAAUAUUUAAACUUUGUUUA